UUUAUUUUUACAUGAAUCAAGGGAACUCCCCAAACCAGAAGCAAAAAAAAAAAAGAAGGAUUCCGAUUCAAAAACGAUCUGUGUGGUGAUAAGUCCACAUCAUUCAUUUCUUGAAUUUUUAUAAAAUCUUAAAGAACUCAAAGAUAACUAAUAAAGAAAAAACAUGAGCAUCAGUCCUACAAAAAAAGCCGGAGAAAAGGUCGCUCGACCUUACCAGUUGCAAAUUCUAGAACAUGCCAUCAAUCACAAUUCCAUUAUAUAUCUUCCAACAGGAAGUGGCAAAACUUACAUUGCCAUAAUGCUGAUAAGACAUUUCUCAAAAGAACUCCAUAAACCACUAGAUGAAGGUGGCAAACGAUGUGUUUUCCUAUGCAACACAGUUGAGUUGGCCCGUCAAAAUGCUUUAGAAAUAGCCAAUGUAACAAACUUUAAAGUUGGCCUUUUUAUUGGUGACAUGAAUGUCGACAAUUGGCCCCAAGAAAAAUGGGAAUCGGAAAUAUUUUCAAAUCAAGUUUUCGUUGGGACAAGUCAAGUAUUUGUUGACAUGGUAUCCCAUCAAUAUCUGUCCAUUAAUAAUUUGAGUUGUGUAGUUAUGGACGAGUGCCAUCAUGCAACCAAAUCACAUCCAAUGCAUCGAUUCUUAUCCCUUUUUUCGUAUGCACCAAAUCAAUCUGAUUUGCCAAGAGUCGUCGGCUUGACGGGGGUUCUUUUGAAGUCAACGAAAAAAGGUGACAUCUUAAAACCUUUAGAGGAUUUGGAAGCUGUAUUUCGAGGAAAGAUUAUUACAGUGAGGAAUUUGAAUGAAUUCCAUAAUGUUUUGUUAUAUUCCACAAAACCUAACGAAAUAAUGCUUAAAUAUGCUGACCAAUCAAUGGUCUUCGAUAUCGAACUUCAAAUUAAAGCAAUAGUUGAUAAAUGUUGUGCCCAGUUAGAACAUUGGGAUAUGGGAGAGAAGCAAAAAAUGUCCAAAGGACUUCAAGCUUUACGCGAACCAAACAAAUUGAAACAAGUUAAAAGUCUUCUCGCUGAUUUUGUAUAUCAGAUGGAUGACAUGGGAAUAUAUGCUGCAUCUAUAGCUAUAAUGGCAGCUAUAGUACAACUAGAAGUAAAUAAACGCAACGCUGAGACUAUGAUUUUUCGAACCAUGUAUCGAUAUACUCUAACCAAAUGUGAAUUGAUUCGGCAUUUAUUAGUAAAGAAAUUAAAAUCUUUCAUUGACGACGAAGACGAUGAAGAUGACAUGGAUGAAGCCGAUGUUAUACAAAAUUUUUGCAAGCCAAAACUUCGGACUUUAUUGUCAUACCUUGUUUCAGAAUUUAGUACAAAAAAAGGUGAUGAAAUUAGUGCCUUGGUGUUUGUGCAACGUCGAUACACCGCUAAAUGCUUAUAUUUUGUUAUAAAAAACUUUUGCGCUGCACAUCCGCUUUUGAAACACAUAAUUCCAGAAUUUAUGGUGGGACGUACUUCUGGAAUGAUUUACACAAUUGAUACUAUACUUGAUUCAAAGUGGAAUCGACAUGCAAUUCAACGGUUUCGUUCAAAGGAAUGCAAUCUGAUUGUGUGCUCGAGUGUGCUUGAAGAAGGCAUUGAUGUCCAAGCAUGUAAUUAUGUUAUUUCUUUUGACAGUAUCAAAACAUUUAGUUCAUAUGUGCAAAUGAAAGGACGAGCACGAUCUCAGGAUAGUACUUAUGCCAUUCUGUGUGAAAGAUUAAAACAGAAUGAGGUUGCCCAACAAAUUCAACAAUAUCAAAAAACCGAUGCUAUAUUGAAAAAUUACCUUAUCACACGUACGAUCGAUAGAGAAAUACCAAGUGAAAGUCUUACUGCAGAGCAAUUUAAAGAACUUGUCACACCUUUUAAAACUCGUACUGGAGCAAUUCUUCAAGCUGAGGCGACUUUAAUGCUUUUACAUCGUUAUUGUCAAAAAUUACCACAAGAUUCAUUUACUAAUUCGCAAGCAUUAUGGUCGAUUGUUUUAAAUGAAGAAAGCCCAGCAAAAUGUGUUGUUUCAUUGCAAUUGCCACUUCAAUCUACUAUCAAGGAAGUGAUAUUGAGUGAUGUAAUGAAGACCGUCAAAACAGCAAAAUUGUCUGCCGCUUUCAAAGCAUGCGUUAAGCUCUAUCAAAAUGGUGAAAUUGACGACAACCUUUUACCAGUAACCCGUCAGAAAAUAAUUGAAAGCUGUACCGAAACAUACUUUGCCAAAUGGAAAAACGAAGCUAAUGAUAAUGCCAGAGAAGCUGGAUCCACGAAAAAUAUUCGCGACUACAAAAAAAUCUUCCCUGAAGAACUAACCGGUUCUCUUCCAGUUCCUGGUGAAAUAGCCUAUGCCUAUUGUAUUAGCAUUAAGCCAGAAUUUCGCUUAGACGAAGACAAUUCCAACAUAAUCAAUCUAUUGAAUUCCAAUUCAAACUAUGCUAUUGUUUUGCGAAAGAAACUUCCUGCUCUGGCUCCGAUGCCAUUGUUUAUGACCCAAGGUCCACUUAAAGCAAAAAUAUCAAAUGAACCUUUUGAAUUCAUUAUCAACGAUAACAACGAACUGGCACAGUUGAAAAAAUUCAACAAAAUGAUAUUUUCAGAUAUUCGAAAAUAUUGGAAGAGAUUCCUAGCCUUAGACAAUAGAAAUGGUCCAAAUGCAUUCUUAAUUGCACCUGUGCAACAUAACUGUGCAAUUGACUGGGAAUUAGUUCGUCAAUUCCCAAAACUAACCAAAAUGCGAGCUACAACUGCACAAGAAAGAUUAAAAAAAGUCCACAAUCCUGAGGAUUACCUUGGUAAAGUUGUCAGCACAUGGUACAGUGCCGACGAAAAUAUUCGAUAUGUUGUGACAAAAAUUCGACAUGAUCUAACUCCGUUAAGUCCAUUUCCAUCGAAUUCUUUUAAAAACUAUGCAGAAUAUGUGGAAAAUAAAUAUCGUGAGCGAGUUGUUAACACAAAUCAGUUUAUGAUUGAAGUUCAGGCAUUUACUUCGCGUAGUAAUUUCUUUAUCAAUUCAUCAGGUAAAAACACAGAAAGUAAACGUAUGAAACGUGACAGCAAAAUAUUGGUUAUACCCGAGAUGUGUCACAAUUUUCGUUAUCCAGGCGAUUUGUGGUUAAAAGCUUUGUUUUUGCCAUGCAUUUUGCACAGAUUGCAUUACCUGUUGAAUGCGGAAAAACUUCGUGUGGACAUAAAUAGAUAUUUAGGUAUUCCAAUGGAUGGAAGUUAUAAACCAGCAUGUAUCGAAAUUGAUUAUUCCCUUCGCAGAGUUGGCACUGAAAGUAAGGAGCCAAAGAGUAUGCUCCCACCUCUCGAGACUACACGCCGGGAUGAUAAGAUAAAUUCAUGUUACAAUCUCGUCGAUGUUGAACAAGGUAAUUGGAAGGCAUACCUUGAGCCAAUUGAUGUCUAUCGAAAUAUCAACACGGUUUAUCCAAUUGAAGUUGACUAUUACUAUCAGUUUGUUAAUAAUUUGCUGGAAGAUAUGGAAAAUUUAAAAUUAGAUGAAGCGCCAGAAGUUUCAAUGCGCAAUCUUGAAGCUCAUAAACCAAAAAUAAGGCAACACUAUAUUGAUGAGUUAACUAAAAGAAUUGCCGAUGUAUCUUUCGAUCCAGCUCGUCGCAUUAAAAUAUUGGAUGAACAUGUGGGUUCUGCACCACUCAAAACUGCUGAGCAAUUUGAAUUUUUAGCUGCAAUAACAACUGGAAAAACAAAUGAUUACUUUGAUAUGGAACGUUUCGAAGUUUUGGGUGAUUCUUUUUUAAAAUUCAGCUCCUCCUUGUUGUUGAUGCAUAGACAUCAAUCUUGGAAUGAAGGAUACCUCACAGCUAUUAAAUCUCGAUUGGUAAGCAAUAGAAAUUUGCUCUACUGUAUGCGUGCCAAAUUCAAUGGAACAUUUAUUUGUUCGUCAGUUUUCGAACCAACUAGCGAAUGGUUGCCGCCAUGUUCUUCGGUCCCUUCAAAUAUUCUCGAAGCCAUCGAACAUAAGGGUCUAUCCCCAAAUUGUCUUUACGAGGUUAAUCUCAGUGAGGAAGAAAUUAAUACUGGCAAAUGCAAUCAGAAUACUUUACAGAAUCUUUGUGACAACACUCAGUUGUCGGAAACGUCCAUUGAAUGUCUUUAUGAAUUUAUAUACAAACAAGCUGUACCCGAUAAAGUUAUUGCUGAUUCUCUUGAAGCUUUAUUGGGCGUGUGUGUUAAGAAUUAUGGACCAGAAAAAAGUUUCGAAAUGCUGGAUUAUUUUGGAAUCUUCUAUGAUGCCGAUAAGACAUUACUUCGAAAACUACUACAAAUUAAUUUAGGUAAUCCAUUGUUGAAAGCGAAUGUGAAACAAUCGGUAAUCGAUGGGUAUUUACUGAAUUAUGAAAUGUUGGAACACAAUUUGAAAUAUAAAUUUAAAGAUCGUGCAUAUCUAUUACAAGCACUCACACAUCCUUCUUAUCCCACAAAUCGUGUAACGGGUUGCUACCAGCAAUUGGAGUUCCUAGGAGAUGCUAUUUUGGACUUUUUGAUGUCAUGUUAUAUCUUUGAAAGAUGUAAGCAUAUGAAUCCUGGGGAAAUUACUGAUCUCCGUUCAUCGCUUGUCAACAAUGUUACUUUGGCAUGUGUUUGUGUUAGAAAUCGCUUCCAUCAGUAUAUUCUGUAUGAAAGUCCCACACUAUCCGAGUCAAUUAGAAAAUUUGUAGAAUUUCAAAAUACACAGGAUCAUCGUGUUACAGAGCAAGUGAAGAUUCUUCUGGAAGAGACUGUUGUUGAUCCGGAAUCAUUUAAUAUGGCGCAAAAUAUUGACGUUCCAAAAACUUUGGGUGAUGUUCUGGAGGCUUUGAUUGGAGCUGUAUUCCUUGACUCGGGCAAUGAUUUGCGAUGCACUUGGAAUGUAAUAAGCGAAUUGAUGGACAUUGAACUAACAGAAUUUAUAGCAGAAGUACCAUUAGAUCCCGUUCGUCAGUUGUAUGAGUAUAAGGGAGCUAAGCCGGAAUUCCAAAAAGAAUGCGCAGAAUACGAUGUCGUUAUGAUGAAGUGUCAAUUCUAUUGCCGUGAUUUGGUAAAGACUGUUAUUGGAUGUGGGUGUAAUAAGGAGAUGGCCAAGAAAGCCGCUGCUAAAAUGGCUUUGCAAAUUUUGCAUAGCAAUUAGGCAAUAUUAUUUUUAUAACUGUUACAAUAUAUAUAAGUUUAUUCAUAACGUUCAUGUUUUCCAUUCCUUUUUUUUUGUAAUUAAGUUAUUAUUUUUAAUUAAUAUAUGUUUGUGUAUGUGAAUCAAAAUAAAAAUAUUUAUGAAUAAUUCACAACCGGUUUGGUUCACAAAUUUAAUAUUGUUUAUUGAAUUUGUAUAGUGUGUCGAAUAAGCCUUGGAACAAAUCAAUUGUUAUAUUUAAUGUAUAAUUCUAUUUCAAAAAUAGAAUUCGAAAAACAAAAGAUGUGAUUUUGUAGAGAAAUGAUUGUUUAAAAAUAUUAUUAUAUAUACAUAUAUGUUCCGUUUUAUAUAAAUACGUAUUUUAAUAAAAACUUAAAGCUUGUUGUAAGU